UUGGUCGGUCUCUCUGUAGGGCUCAGCAGCUCGCUGGAGGGAUUUUCACUCGGCCACUGUGAUCGGUAACAAGAUGUUUGUUUUUGGGGGGCGCGCGGAUCGCUCCGGACCGUUUCACUCCAACAAUGAGAUCUACUGUAACCGAAUCCGAGUGUUUGAUCUGAUGACGGAGAGCUGGCUGGAAGCCCCUCAGUCUACAUUGCCCCCCGAAGGGAGGAGGAGCCAUUCGGCCUUCUCAUAUCACGGGGAGCUCUACGUGUUCGGGGGAUACAACGCUCGCCUGAACCGUCACUUCCAGGAUCUGUGGAAAUACACGCCGGAUUCGGGUCGCUGGCAGCGGGUUGAGGUCCGGGGGAAAGGUCCGUGUGCCCGGCGCAGACAGUGUUGCUGCAUUGUAGGUGACAAGAUUCUGCUCUUCGGAGGCACCAGGUCUCUGCGCGGUCCGUCUGUCCUCCCGGAGGUCUCUGCGCGGUCCUCUGAUGAUGUUUGUUUUGCAGAUCCCAGCUUGAAGACUCUCUGUAAAUUGGCUGUGUUGCAUUAUAAUCUGGAGCAGGCGUGUCUGCCUCAUGACAUCAGGUGGGAACUAUCCGCAAUGACAACAAACAGCAACAUCAGCCGCCCCUUACCAUCGUACCACGGAUAGGAGGAGGAAGUGCCGCAGCGCCGUCCACACGCACCGCACA